ACGGUAUAUAGUUAUUCCGGCCGUAUUCGUACCGCGUUCAUUCACGCCUUGUACUGGAGAUUCUGUUCUAUAAACGCGAAAUUCCACAUCAGAUCAAUUUCUUGAUUUCUCGGUUUCAAUCAACAGAACAGCGCAGGCUUUUUGAUAUUAGGGACUUAUUCAUCACUGAAACGUUUAUCGCCAUUCCAAAUAGUACGACUGCUCUUUCUCGGCGCAUAAGAGAUACCUUUUUUACCGUUGUUACCCUAGAAAGGGCGAAGUCAUUUGAACAUGGCACCAACACGUUCUUCACGCAAUAGUGGCGCCGAUACAGAUACAUCUAUGGUGGAUGUAUCUGAAAUCAAACAACUACCUGUUGAUCCUAUGGUAUGUUACGUUUUGGCAUACUACGUAUCUUCUUCCAAAACCUGCAGGCUUUCAGUGUACAUGCAUUAGACAUGAAUCAACAAUGUGCUAACUUGCGCCAUAGGAUGUCGACGAAACCCCAGAUUUUACAGAGGAUUCUGAUACCAAUCCAAACACAACGGAAAGCAGUGUUCACGGUGACGCAAUGACAGGAGAUGGACGGAAACGAAGAUCAGAGGCCACUCAGUUACGUCGGAGCGUUUUUGGCAAAAAGCAUGAUCGACUUGGUGAAUCCAAGGUAAUUCUACUGCUUUUUGAUGAUCCUUUGGGGUUCGCAGCUGAUUGACCUCUCCUCGUAGGAAGAUGAUUCCAUUCGACGUUUUCGAUAUCUUCUUGGCUUAACAGAUUUGUUUAGACAUUUCAUCGAAACAAACCCAAACCCACGCAUUCAGGAGAUUAUGCACGAGAUUGAUCGCCAAAAUGAAGAGGCUGAAAAUAAGAAAAAAAGUGCGGACAGGAAGGGUGGCGCAGCCAACGAAAGACGCCGCAGAACAGAAGCGGAAGAGGAUGCAGAGCUCUUAAAAGACGAAAAGGCUGGAGGAUCUGCAGAGACAGUAUUUCGUGAAUCGCCGGGCUUCAUUCAGGGACAGAUGAGAGAUUAUCAAGUUGCUGGAUUGAAUUGGCUAGUUUCUCUCCACGAGAAUGGUAUCUCAGGAAUCCUUGCAGAUGAGAUGGGUCUUGGAAAGACUUUGCAGACGAUCUCAUUCUUAGGCUAUCUCAGGCAUAUUAUGGAUAUCACUGGUCCUCAUCUCAUUGUUGUUCCAAAAUCUACGCUUGACAAUUGGAAGAGGGAGUUUGUAAGAUGGACACCUGAAGUCAAUGUUUUGGUACUCCAAGGAGCUAAGGAUGAGCGUAAUACUUUGAUCAACGAGCGACUUAUUGAUGAAAAGUUUGACGUCUGUAUCACGAGUUACGAAAUGAUUCUUCGAGAGAAAUCGCACUUGAAAAAAUUUGCAUGGGAAUACAUCAUUAUUGACGAGGUAGGCUUAUUUUGUUUCCCGAAGCUAAUCUCUUGCUAACUGAAUUAGGCCCAUCGUAUCAAAAACGAAGAGUCUUCCCUUGCUCAAGUCAUCCGUUUAUUUAAUUCACGAAAUAGACUUUUGAUCACUGGUACUCCUCUGCAAAACAAUUUGCAUGAGUUAUGGGCACUUCUUAACUUUUUGCUUCCAGAUGUAUUUGGUGAUGCGGAGGCAUUUGAUCAAUGGUUUUCUGGCCAACAGGAAGAUCAAGAUACAGUUGUUCAACAAUUACAUCGCGUGUUGCGCCCCUUUUUACUCCGUCGUGUCAAGGCCGAUGUCGAAAAGAGUUUACUGCCCAAAAAGGAGAUUAACUUGUACAUUGGUAUGUCCGACAUGCAAGUUAAAUGGUACAAGAAGAUCCUUGAGAAGGAUAUCGACGCAGUCAAUGGAGCCGGUGGAAAACGUGAAUCAAAAACACGACUUUUGAACAUUGUCAUGCAACUUCGAAAAUGUUGCAAUCAUCCAUAUCUUUUCGAAGGUGCCGAACCUGGUCCACCUUACACUACCGAUGAACAUUUGGUUUUCAAUGCUGGAAAAAUGGUCAUGUUAGACAAACUCCUUACUCGCAUGAAGAAGGCUGGAAGUCGAGUUCUGAUCUUCUCUCAGAUGAGCAGACUUUUGGACAUCCUUGAAGAUUACUGUGUUUUCCGUGAAUUCAAGUAUUGUCGAAUUGAUGGUGGUACAGCACAUGAGGAUCGUAUCCAGGCUAUCGAUGAUUAUAACAAGCCAGGCAGUGAAAAAUUUGUCUUCCUUUUGACUACCAGAGCUGGUGGUCUUGGCAUUAAUUUAACCAGUGCCGAUAUUGUUGUACUGUACGACAGUGAUUGGAAUCCGCAAGCAGACUUGCAAGCUAUGGACCGAGCACAUCGUAUUGGACAAACAAAACAAGUUGUUGUAUAUCGAUUCGUCACUGAGAACGCUAUUGAGGAAAAAGUUCUGGAGCGUGCUGCUCAGAAAUUACGUUUGGAUCAACUCGUUAUCCAACAAGGUCGUGCCCAGAUUGCUGCUAAGGCGGCUGCUAAUAAGGAUGAUCUUUUAAAUAUGAUCCAGCAUGGAGCUGAAAAGGUAUUUGCAACCAACGGCCCAACAGGUACUCUCGCAGAAAAGGGUGCAGAUCUCGAUGAUGACGACAUUGAUGAGAUUUUGAAGCAUGGCGAAAAGCGUACCGCAGAACUUAAUGCUCGCUACGAGAAACUGGGUAUUGAUGACCUCCAAAACUUCACAUCCGAAUCUGCCUACCAGUGGGAUGGUAAAGAUUUUAGUCAUCAAAAGAAAGAUAUUGGUAUGACCUGGAUUAAUCCUGCUAAGCGUGAACGCAAGGAGCAAUCUUAUUCCAUGGACAAAUAUUAUAAACAAGCUUUGUCUACUGGCGGUCGUGUUGCAGAUCCAAAACCUAAAGCACCGAAGGCCCCAAAACAAGUCACAGUCCAUGACUAUCAAUUCUUUCCACCAGCCCUGCGAGAUUUGCAAGACCGUGAAACUGCAUAUCAUCGUAAAGAAAUUGGUUACAAGGUUCCUUUGGCAGAUGGUACAGAGGAGGAUCUCUCGGAUCGCGAGGCUGAACGUAAUCUGGAGCAACUAGAGAUUGAUAAUGCUACUCCUCUUACUGAAGAAGAGCAAGAAGAGAAGCAACGUCUAUCUCAACAAGGUUUCGCCGACUGGAAUCGUCGAGAUUUUCAACAAUUUAUUAAUGGUUCUGCAAAGUAUGGCCGUAAGGACUUCAGCAUGAUCGCCGAAGAAGUAGACAGCAAAGGACCGGAAGAUAUCAAAGCUUAUGCCAAGAUUUUCUGGCAACGAUACACCGAAAUCGCAGACUAUGCCAAAUACAUCGGUUUGAUCGAAGCUGGUGAAGAGAAGACCAGAAAGAUGGAUCAUCAACGAAAGAUGUUGCGAAAGAAAAUGCAACAAUAUCGAGUACCAUUGCAACAACUCAAGAUCAACUAUUCAGUAUCAACUACCAACAAAAAGGUCUAUACCGAAGAAGAAGAUCGUUUCUUACUUGUUCUCCUAGAUAAGUAUGGUGUUGAUAGUGAUGGUAUCUAUGAACGAAUUCGCGAUGACAUUCGUGAAAGCCCUCUAUUUAGAUUUGAUUGGUUCUUCCUGAGCAGAACACCUAUUGAAAUUAGUAGGAGAUGUACAACACUUUUGACAACGGUUGCUAGAGAAUUCGAUGAGCCAGCCGCAGCUAAAACUGCGAAUGGUGUCGCAAAUGGCAAGGUCAAGAGAGAACCUGAAGAGGAUGAGAAUGACGAGGAUAGUGUAUUAGGCAUGGCCCCUGCUAAAAAGAAGUCGAAGAAUGGUGUUAAGGCAUGAAUAUCUAUAUCAACAUAUUUUAUACAUAAAUACUAACUGUUGCUUUAGAACAAAGCACUCGAUAAUGUCAAGUCUACUGCUGGAAGCAAGGCAACUUCAGCAACUCCAUCGUCAAGAGCCUCUAGUGUUGUUUCGAACGCAUCAAGUCCAGCGCCAGCUUCGGCUUCUAAGAGCAAGUCUAAGGGUAGAAAGAGAUGAGCAUGAUGAAGAGGGAACCUAAACUUAAGACGGUUCGUGUUAUUAUUAUGAAAAUGAUUUCUUGUCAAGUGUAUUCAAAUCAGAUGGCAUGGCUUUGGGUAGGCGUUAAAAGGGAUUAAUUGAUGUGUGCUUCAUGAUCAUAUGGGCAAAAGAAUGCGUAGUUUUAGAUGAACGUUUACGUUAUGAUAUGUAAACAGGUUGUGGAAUGAUAAGUCGCUUCCAGAUGAUUACCAAAAAUAUAUUAUAUUAAAGCACUGCAAAUGUUUCGUUGUGAUUUUCGAGGGACUCUUUUGAGACAAAUACUAUUCUU